GUUUCUGCAGACACACGUUCGGAACGGCGGGUCGGUGCCUGGAUCUGAUGCGCUCCGCCGACGACUUCCAGAAUUGUUCGAGAAGCACGAGGCAAAUUUGAAAGCUAUGUUUCAAGGCACCACAGUUUCAGUGAUUACAGAUGAAACAACCGAUGACCGAUCAAAAUCGGUUGUGAACGUGCUGUUCGUUCAGUCGGCCAGAAGUGCGAGUACUUCGCUGCAACCUGUACUCGUGGAAGUGAAAUUCGUGGAUGAAGUGAACUCGUCCGUGAUAGGCCGCAUUGUGACAAGAACACUGACGAGGUACGGAGUUGAAUUUGAGGAUGUAUCGGGCUUUGUUAGCGAUAACGCUAGCUAUAUGGUGAAAUCCUUUAAGGAGUGCAUAAAGCCACUUUGCGAGGGUGCUGUUCACAUUACUUGUGUAGCCCAUACAGUGAACAUUGUUGGCAGUACACUGCAGGCAUCUUUUCCCUUAGUGGACAAGUUUGUCGCCUGUAUGAAGAAGGCCUUCCGUCUCUCGAGUAGAAAGAGAGCUUUCUACAAAUCACAUCUGGAAGAGUGUGGAAUUGAAUGUGCCAAGGCACCCCCAGCACCUGUCCAAAGCAGGUGGAAUUCAUGGAUUGAGGCUGUUGAACAGCAUUCUGCCUACUUUGAGCACUAUCCUACCUUGCUUAAGCAAGUCCACCAGAAGUAUGGAGAAGCAGCGUGCGUUGAUUCCCUUCUGAAACUUCUUAGUGAACACUCAACUGAGCUUAAGUACAGCAUGCGAUGCAUUGCAGUAUUUGGAAAAAAAGUUUCAAGCUUGCUGAAAGCAGCAGAGGGUCAGCGCGUAGCCUGCCACAAAGCAUACAAUGCUUUGUUUACACUUUGGGGUUACCUUGAAGCAGCUGCAAAGGAAGAUUUUGCAGCACAAUUGAAGAGAGAAGAUGUCGCACAUGAUGAGGCCCAUCAGAUUGGUAACAAGAUGACGGCUGCAAUGACCAAAGCGGCUAACAAAGCACUAAUAUACUUGGAGAAGUCCGACACCUGGAAGUUCUUCAAAGAUGUUAGGUGCUUGGACCCUCUGCAAGUUGGGUGCCUUUCCAAGAAAAGGUCCGAGUUGACAGGUGUGCCUCAGCUUGCAGGCGAAUCGCUAGUUCUAGCUGCCGAAUGGGAGGUGUACCUGAAGAGUGCCCAAGAACUAAAGACCAGUGACAGAGACUUGGCUCCAUUUCUUUCCAAACAAGAAAACCCAGGAGCUGACUUCGAUGUCCUGGCUUUCUGGGCAGGGAUGCAGCAACUCACCCCAACCCUUUCGUCAAUUGCCCUGAAGUACCUGGCAAUACCAAUCAACUCUGUUGAUGCAGAGAGAUCGUUUAGCCGUUAUGGUGACAUUGUGUCCCAUAAGCGUCACUCUCUCAGUGAAGAGAGCACCAAGUAUCACCUGAUGCUCUCCCAUAACAGUUUCCUGCAAUUUUAAUUAUUGCAGGCAUGUUUUGAGCCUGAACGUGUGCAAUGAAUAAAUGUUACGUGUUCCUUUG